AUGAAAUCACGAAUUGGACAGAAGGAAUUCAACGAAAGCAGUAUGAUUCCUGGAAAGAGAUUUUUAGUAACAAACCAUCUUAAAAACCGUUUUGUUGAAGUGUAUCCUAAAAAUUUUACAAAUAUGGGGGCUGAUCGAACAUUUGCUCUUCAAGGAUAUUUAUCCAUAACCAUUCGGUAUUUUCUUUAUUCUAUUAUAUUAUAUUUUUAGACAAUUUUAUUAUGUUCGACACUACAUUAAUCUUGUUUAUCCUCAUCUACCGCUUGUGUGUGUUGCAGGUGGUGGAAAGCAUGAAUACUUUUACCCGAUCGAGUGUUUGGACUAUGUUGAA